CCAGGAAGUUCCGGUUUUGCGUCAACAAAUUAUAAACAAAGUUGGCGGUAAAGAUGGAGCCCGUAGAGACGAGUGAAGCUGCGCCCAGCGAUGAAACAAACGAGGAAUACAGAGUGAAAGUUACGUCGAAGAAACAAGUAACAGAGCAGAUAAAUAAACAUAAAGAAACUCUGCGGAAGGUUCUGGACGGACAGACGGACAUCGAGGAGGAGACGAAGCGGGUGUUACUGCAGGAGCUGCAGGCGAACUUUGAGGCAGCUGUUCAAGAAAACGUGUUGGUGAACGGAAAACCUUGGGAGGAAGCACCCGACGAUGAAGAGAGCGAGGCUGUUGACCUGGAGCGCCUGCUUGAUGACACCCUCGUUGAGACCACCAGGAGGCGCCGUACGUACCCGAGAAAGAUCCUGCCCCAUGUUAUCCACUCCCUGAAAGCCCAGCGGAAAAUCAUGGGGCUGUACGAGCAGACAGUCCAACCUCAGGAGGUGAUCAGAGAUCCUGAACAAGAGAGCAUCAUGAACGAUCUGUCAGCAGCAGCUCCUGUGAUGGUGAAACAGGCCAUCCAGGUCAUAAAGUCCAUCAACACCCUGCAGAAACAAGCCGAAGGCCUCUGUGAGAUCCUCAACAUGAAUCCGAGCCACGCCUCGAUGGAAAUCCACAGAGAAGUGUUUGGUUCCAACGGCCAAUCAGACGCUGCCCUGCCUCCUGUGAACGGAGGGACGGAGGGCAGGCAGCCAAUAAAGAGAGCCGUGGAGGAAGCAGCAGAGGCAAACUGUUACGUGCCGCUCAGUAAGAAACCUGCGGCAGAAGAAAAGCCAGAGUGACAAAUCCUGCCGCCAUUAUCCCAGAACAAUGGUGAUGACGUGAUGUCAUGGACUAAUUGGGUUUCUUUUUUCUCCUCUUUAAAACAUACAAAAACAGUGGUUAAAAUGACAUUACUUUUGGGAUUAAUCAUCAAACUCAUCAAACAUGUAGUUACAGAUCUGUGUCUCAUUUAUGGACAUGAAAAAAAACAAUAUUAAAGAUUAAAACUUGUAAAUAAAAAGAACUGUUGUCCCCAGCAACCUCUACAUUUCUAAGACCGGAGUCCUUAAUGUCCAACAUUCAGAGCAGAUGUUUCAGAACAAAGCUGCCUCUUCAGAGCAACACUUCCCCUCAUCUCCCACCCCUACCUUAGUGAUCCGACAGAGUGCAGCCGUUUCUAUUAUUACGAGACAACAACCCACAAAUUCACCCAAUAAAACAAAUCAAACACCUUACAAUAAUCACCCAACAAAGAUCAACUCAAAAACGAAUUAAAGAAAAAAAUAAAACCUAAAAUCCUUGACUGAGCAGCACAACUCCAAAAGCUUUCCCUCCUCAGGGAGAGAGAGAGAGAGAGUAGGGAAUGACAUGCUGGACGGAAGCCUCAGGUCAGAUUCUAACCUGGGCCGCUCGCUUGGAGGACUACAGCCUCUGUACUUGGGUGUACCUCGUGAGGCGAUCAGUCGCUUCACCUGGGCAGAGCUGAAGACAACAGAAGGGAAGAAGAGUCAGCUGUAACACUAUCGCUGUUCUCCAUCCAGAUCUGCAGCCCCAAAAUGAAUCUGACUCUUUUGUCUGUGGUGUAUUUUAUAAACCUUUGCAACGAGACUCUCAUUAUGCCCUUACUAACAGCGACCCUAAGUGGGCGGGGCCGUCUCUCUUCCUCCACAUGGUAGCGACGCUGACGAUUUGACAGACGGGUUCAUGUGAAUAAAACAUUCCUGAGCCUCUGAGCUUGAAUUGAACUGUUAUUUUAAUAUAUAUGUACUUCUCUUUUUGUACCCUUUUUUUAAAGGCUGAGGUUACAAUAUUUCUUCAUUGUCAUAACGUCUAAAUAUUCUAUAAAAACAAUAGAAAACCAAGAAUGU